CGUUCUAUCGCCCAGCUCUAACUCUCAGUGAUCCAGGUAAACAAGCAGCGCUAUGCCCCGCCCACUCUGUACUAUUGGAGGGUCUACCUUACAAUAUAAAGCAGCUUGAGGUGACUGGUGUUUUGAUUUGGCGCUGUGUGAAUAAAAUAGAGUUGAACUGUUUCUAAUUGCACAGAAAUAGUCAGUUCACUUUGGACAUGCUAUUUUCAAACAGGAAGCUCAGAAAAAGCCCAGCAGCUUAACAGGUAGCCCCUUAAAACUGAUGGGAGUGCUGGGUUUUAGGUCAAACUACUGGAACUCUUGAACCAUUGGUGCAACGAAAAAUUCCAAUGGUUCCUGAACACAUCAACUCUGUACUUUUUCAGUGAUAUUAGGGUCAUUGCAGUGAUCCCAGGCAGGGCGCCACAUCCAAAUCCUGACAAUGAACACAGAAAACAACCCAACAAUCAAAACCAAGGAAAAAAGAAGCCUCAUGCAGGAUGAAAUGUCUGUAGAGCUGCAUCACACUCACGAUUUGUUCUCGCAAACAACUGAUGACCCUAACAUCACUGCAAAGCGCUGCUUUCAGUAACUGUUGGAAUUCUGUCAAAUGAGCCAACGGUUCAGGAGUUACGGGACUUAAAGAUGUUGAAAAUAAAAACCUCUGUGAAACACGUGACGCCAGCGACAGGUCAGGUUUCCGAGGGUUAGAGUGGGAGCGUAGGAUCCAGCUGCCACUCAGCGGUUCCUUCUUGUUUGGCCAGCUGCACUGAAGCAGGAACAUCCAGCUGUUAGCCAUUACGUUCAGGUUUGUAAUGCACCUUAUAACUGAAGACUGUUCCCCGGGUACUUGGUGCACCUGAUGAACACACAGCAGUGUUUUUGUGAUGAUCAUUUUAUGUCUUUAUAAUAUAUUCAUAUGUAAAGCUGUGUGAUUAUAAUGAUCAGGGUUAAGGAGUAUCUCACACUGUGAUCCACUCUGCUUUUUCCUGUCAGCAUGAGUUUGUCCAGUGGCCAUUCUCCUCCCCCAUCUCCUCUUCCGGUCCCUCUCCCCUUCUCCUCCUCUCCCUCCCUGACGUGUUGUCCUGAACUCAACCUAUCGGUCACACUCGGCCUCCCCCCUAAGACCGGCCAAUCACUACCCAAGAAACUGAAACAGGGUCAGCAGAGUGAACAAGCACAGCUGAAGCACAACCCUAAAGGACAGACAGACAGGAAGAGGAACAGACAGGUGUGUUGUAAAGAGGCAGUCAUCACAGUAACACCAGAGCCUGACAUCGACUCGAGCAGUGACGCCCCGUUUGAGGACUGGCUGAGAGGCCUCAGACAUGUGGUCGAACCUCCUGCUCCAACAUCCACUCAUGACCUGAGCUGUCUGGAGAGGGCGGAGCUAAACACCACCCUGGCUCUGAAGACUCAGCUUCAGUCACUGCAGGACGCUCAGUUUGACUCCCAGAGGGCAAUUCAGCAAACUCUACAGAAGUCAGAGAGCACGAAGAAUCGCAUCAAUGCUAGAGCUACUGAAGAGGUGAACGUCUCUCGUUCUCAGGUUCUCUUCACUUCGUUGGUCAGCGUGGAUGUGCAGGAGGAUCAGCUGAUAACCCAGUUGCUCCAAGAUAAGCUGCUGCUAGCUCCACCUUCCCAGUGCCGCGGAAGGAGGAACAUUAAAGGACCCUCCUCCCUGUUUUUCAUAACCUCUGACCUGCUCAGGCAAAAGCCCCUUUCACCAGAGGAGGUCCCGUUCAGCCGUAAGCUCUCCACAUCAGCUUGCCCCGCCCACGCGACUUUUGACCUGUACAGACGGCAGCAGUCCUGGGAGACGACGCCCUGACGGGAGACGACGCCCUGACGGGAGACUGGGAUAAAGAUGGACGUAGCCACUGUGACGCUGGCCGUUAGAGCUGAAACUGGAGGUGAUGAGUGAGGGAAGGCUGACCUGUGAAGGUUUUCCAGAGUUGGUAGGCCCGCCCGCCCGCCCGCCGUGAUCCCUUCAUGCCAGAAGUGACGUCACAUUUGCUUUUGUUCCACAUUUUUGUAUUUCUUUCCUCUCAUUGUGACGAUAUAUCAGUGCAGACGCUCGGGGCCUUCCAAAGUAAAGGAGAUGACUUUGUGUCCUCGACGUGUUUUUCAGACGCAGCCUGAGAUUUACUGCAGGUAAAGACAUGCUUAGUAAACACAUUUACUGAUCUAUUUAGCUAAAAUCAUUUCAGGAUAAAGUGGUCAAAGUGUAUUUGUUGUAAAUCUUUCAUGUAACUAUGUAAAUGAAAACAUGUUUCCUUAGAAACGCUUAGAAAACGAUAACAAUUGAUCUUAGCGUGAAAAAAACAUUUUCCCCUGUUGGUGUGUGAUGGAUUCACCCCUGUGUGUGUGUGUGUGUGUGUGUGUGUGUGUGUGUGUGUG